AUGGGCGCGGGCAACGGCGGCGGGAUGAUGGGCGGCGGCGGCAUGGUGGGAGGCAUGCACGGAGGCAUGAACGGAGGCAUGAACGGAGGCAUGAUGGGAGGCAUGAACGGAGGCAUGAUGGGCGGCGGCGGGAUGAUGGGAGGCAUGAACGGAGGCAUGAACGGCGGCAUGAUGGGCGGCGUGAACGGCGGCAUGGGCAUGGGAGGCAUGGGCGCCCCGGGAGGCAUGGGCGCCCCGGGAGGCAUGGGCGCGCCGAUGGGCGGCGGUCCCGGAAUGAUGGGCGGUGGACCAGGAAUGUCCGCGUCCUCCGGCGGCGGCGGCGGGAUUCCCGCGUCCGGCGGCUGGGGCGGGAUCCCCGGCGGGAUUCCGUCGUCGCCGGCGAACAAAGGCCAUCGACGGAACCAGAGCUCCGCGGGGUCAGACGCGCUGUCGGAGCUCACCGCGGACUUUCUCGCGAUGAGCGGCGUCAAGGGGAGUAAGCCGGGGGGCGCGCUGACGACCGGAAACACCGGCCCGGGCGCGCCCAUGCGAGGGUGA